UUGACAUGUCUACUGCACACUAUACGCUACAAUACACGAUCUCAGUUCCCUUCUUUUGAAAAUAGGUGUGAGAGCGGCAGGAGAUGCGAGUUCGGUUACUGCUGGCCGUGUUGCUGGCUGGAUGUGUGGAGUCUCAAAACCUGGCCAAUGGACUUUUCGCUGAAACUGGAUCGAACGCCGGAUUCGUUUCAAGGAUUAACCAGAAGGGAUUUGACCUAAUGGCCGGUUACCUUGGCGAAAGAGUGAAAAGAUUUCUUGGUGCUGGAGAACUAAUCUUUAACAUCUCGGCCGCUGUGUCACCAGAAAUGAGGAUCACUCUAACAUCAGUGAGAGUCACAGAUUUUGACUCAACCUCAUUCGCAUCGAAAAUGGUAGCGAUUCCUGGUAAAGGUAUCGCUUGGAGAGGCUCCAAUCUAAAUGUGACCGUGUUAACAUCAUUUCAACUGAAUACUCCUAGUGGAGAAUUGACUGGCUCUUCUCCGCUCUCAUUUGACAGGACAAAUGUUGAGUUGCUGCUUUGGACUGGAGUGAACUCAGAUGGACAUUUGAAAACGGAUUUAGUCACCUGCAAGGUAGCCGCCAAUAAUGUCGAGCUGACAUUGGCUGCAGCUGACAAAGCCAUUGCUAACUAUCUUCCUGUAAUUAUGCAUUUUGUUAAGGAACGAAUAGAACAAGCAAUCUGUCCAUCAUUCCAUGCAGAACUCGUACCAGUUGUGUCAAAUCGUCUGAUGAAUACGCCUAUGAGCGCAUCCUUAUUUGAGCACUUUUUCGUGAACUACGGACUUUUGAGUCCUGUGGAAUACUCGGACACGAGAGUUACAAUGAGACAUCGAGGGAAUUCGUUUGGCAUACUUCGUCAAGGUCGAACUCGUCUGAAUGAUUUCCGCCUACCUUUCCGCGCUCCGCCACUCAACGAAGGGAUUUCAAGCGAUAAAAUGAUUGAUUUCGUUCUUUCUAAUUAUACAAUGACGAGUCUACUAUUUUGGAUGGAUCAAUACAGGAAAUUUGACUAUGAGAUCAGUCGAACUGCUCAGAACAACUCAGCCAUCGCAGGAUAUCUGAAAACCGACUGCCCAGGCGAUGAUAUUUGUGCCGGAACUUUAUUCCCAGCUCUUGGACAACGAUUUCCCGGUGGUGAGGUCAUCAUCAAGUCGCAUACGAUCUCGUAUCCACGAAUUACGCUUAAUGAUGGCAAUGCUACGAUAUACAUUGACUCACGGGUUGACGCUUUUGUACAGCAAGGAGAUCGAACGCGAAGAUUUCUGACAGCAGCGAUGGAUGCAGAAGCCAAGCUGGAAAAGUUUAGUUUGUUGUACUCUUACCUUUAG